AUGCUUGACAACGAGAUGAUCCCCGUCGUAAUCGACAACGGCUCCGGCCUCAGUAAAGCAGGAUUUGCCGGUGAGGAUGAGCCUCGGUCAGUCAUCUCCUCGGUACUCGGAUAUCCCCGUUAUCCCCCUGUGAUUGCAGGUAUGGGGGAGAAGGUAAAGUACAUUGGGGAGGAGGCGCAAACUAAACGUGGCGUCCUCAACCUUAGAUAUCCCAUUGAAAAUGGUUUUGUGGUCAACUGGGAUGACAUGGAGACACUCUGGCACCAGUUAUUUUAUAAUGAACUCAGGGUUGCACCGGAGGAACAUCCAGUCCUUCUCACGGAUCCGCCACUGAACCCAAAAUCCAACCGUGAAAAGAUGGCUAUCAUUAUGUUUGAGAACUUCCAGACACCUGGGAUGUACGUGUCCUUGCAACCCGUACUGUCGCUCUACGCUACAGGACGAAUGAGUGGACUGAUUGUGGACUCUGGUGAUGGGGUCACUCACGCGAUUCCCAUCUUCGAGGGAUAUGCAGUGCGGGCUGCCGUCCGGCGAAUGGAUCUCGCAGGUCGAAAACUCACGGAACAUCUCAUGACCCUGCUGGGUGAGCGUGGCUACUCCUUUAAGACGACCUCAGAAAGAGAAGUUGUGCGUGAGAUCAAAGAGAGCCUGGCGUAUGUGGCUGUGGACUUUGACGAAGAAAUUGUUCGUGCAGCCACCACCUCAGCUGUUGAAAAGCACUACAUCCUGCCGGACGGACAAACGAUUACCGUGGGUAAUGAGCGAUUUCGCUGCCCAGAAGCUCUGCUAAAGCCAGCCCACAUUGGGAUGGAGGGCCCCGGCAUUUGUGAAAUCGCCUUCACGGCGCUUCGAGCCACAGAUCGCAGUAUUCAUACAGAGCUCUAUCAAAAUAUUGUUCUCUCUGGAGGAUCCACCAUGUUCCCAGGCCUGCCGGAAAGAAUGGUGAAGGAAAUUCGCUCAAUUAUGCCUUCGAAAACAAAAAAGGUACGCGUAGUGGCCAAACCAGAGCGGAAGUUCAGCGUUUGGAUUGGAGGCUCCAUUCUUUCAUCAUUGUCAAGCUUCGGGAAGAUGUGGAUUACUAAAGAAGACUACGAGGAAGUUGGUCCCGAUAUAGUUCACCGCAAGUGUCUCUAA